AUGGCAAGAGACCCCAAUGCCAUUGUCAUAGUAACCAAUCUUAAGGAGGGAUCUAAGACUAAGUGUGAACAAUAUUGGCCUGAGUCAUAUAUGGUAUUUGGACCUUUUAUUGUCACACUAGUGGAUGAACAGGUUUUACCAGAUUUUGAUAUUCAAAGUCCCAUCUUAGUCCACUGUAGUGCUGGUGUAGGUCGUACUGGUACAUUUAUUGCUGUGGAUAUAGCUCUGGAACAAGCUAGUAAAGACGGAGUAGUAGAUAUUGCUGGUAUUAUCAAGAGACUUAGAGAACAGAGAAUGCAGAUGGUCCAGACAGCAAUUGGUCUGAAGAUGGACAUGUUAGAAAACCUAAAACUAUCCUCCAAGUCAUUGAGGAAGUCAUUAGAAGACAACAGAAUAUUGGAGGAGGACCAAUAG